UAGUGUUAUUCUGCUAACACCCCAACCCACCUCCUGCCCGCGCGACCACGACCCCAAUCCGACUCCACCUUCUUCCGUCGGCGCCACCCGAUGACCGCCGGCGCCAUGAAAAAUGAACCGCACGCAGCGACCAAAACAAACCCACGACCCCUCCCCUCCGCUCACUCCCUUAUCCUCUCCACCUCCUUCCUUCAGCCGGGGCCGCGCCCACCCCAUGCUGCACGACGCCCCUCCUCAAGCCCAUCAAUGAGCAGCUCCCGGGAACUUCUCCCCCAGCAACGCGCAGCACCCCGGCGCCCCUCCCCAAGCGCCCUCACCUCCCGCCUCGGGGGUCACCGGAUCCCGACGGGAUCUAGUCGAGGCCUGCUCACCACAGACGGCGGCGUCGCUCAGCCACCACCCAACCCCGGCGACCUCCCGCCGCCUUCUACGCGCACAGUCACUCCCCCGCCAUGACCCAGGCAAGCGCCGCCUCCCACCACGUCCUCCACUCCUCCUACCUCCAGCUCACCACCUUCCCCCAAAUUCUCUCCUCCCCCACGACCUCCCCUCUCCUCCCCCCAUGUCGCCGCCCCGCAGCCUUCUUCCGCUCCGCGCACCGCCGCCUUCCCCCGUGCCGCCGCGCCGCAACCUUCCCCCGCUCCGCCGCGCCACUGCCUUCCCCCGCUCCGCUGCCCCACCUGCUUCCUCCAUGCUGCCGCGGCGCCAUCGCCUGGAUGCGCCUCCGUCGCGAACCUUGCCGGUGUGACGCUGGACCAGGCGACGAGGGCGCUAGAUGCUUGAUGUGGACUCCAACAGGCGACGACGAGACCCCCUUCCUCGUGAUGCACUCCGUUUCCCCAGCCGACCCGGCCCCGAGCUCUCACCUCCUCUCUGCAGUGCAGACCGGCGCACGCGCAGUUCGCCCCCUGACGGCGUGCAGUACGGAAGUUGCGUUGCUGCAGCACGCUGGCGUGCGUGCAACCGUGAAGAUAAAAAUCAAAGUGGAAUAUGAAGUCCGCUGUGGCUUGAAUGCAGUCUGUUGUGGAUGCCUUUUUACUCAGAAUUGAUUAUGUGUCUAUUUUCUUUCGAUGCGCUGCAGUGCGCCUCGCCGUGCAGUUCGGUGGUGUUUUUCAGUUCAUUUUUUUUGUUGCAUCUACUGCAGCGAAAAAAUGUUUGGUAAAAGAACAGUUUAGAGCUUUUCCAGACUUUUUUUGUCUGCUUUUGCUGUUCAAUUCCGUCCAACGGGAGGUGUACGCACAUAUAUUUCAUGCCCAGUAUUGCCUUA